AUGCGGGACCAAGAGGUGAAGCGCCGGUCCAUGGACGACGCGCACACGGUGGAGUCCGACGCUCGGCACAGGCUAGAGAUGGCGAAGAACACCAAGAACGACAUACACGAACGGCUGCAAGGCUGCCGGCAGCGGUGCCUCGAACCCACGAAGAUGGAGCUACACCGGCUGGAAAAAAUGUUGGACGACUGCUCCGACGUCUUACCCACCGCCGAGGAGAGCGCCAGGAGGGCGAGAGACGUGGCCCGCAGCGCCGAGAGCAUCUACACCCUGGUGCGCCACAGCGCGUCCCACGCGAGGCAGGCGCACGAGUCUGCCCGAGAGGAAGUCCUCUUCCCCCCGCUACUCUGCGACGACUACGGAGCGCUUUUGAGGGCACAGCACCGCACCCGGGAGGCGCUCGUAAAGUCCAUCGAAUCCGUUAAGAACGCCCGGGGGCAGGUGGAGGGGGCUAGGGCGGCGGUCAAGAACGCGGUGGAGAGUAUCGGCGUUGAACCGUUUAAACGAGCCUUCUUGGCCGACAAAGUCGUCGAGGCCAAGCGCCGGUACAAGGAGGUCAGUACCAACUACGAGGCCCUCGAGGUUGAACGCAAGCGGGCCGUAAACAAGGAAAAGAAGGCGGCGGCAACGUACAAGGAGGCCGCCAUUCGGGAUGGCGCAGCCAUCAUCGCGUUUCAGGCCGCUCAGCGCCAAACGGCGAGAACCCUUGCUACUUUCAGCUUGCUAACUUGCGGGCGCGGUGGGAGCAAGCGUGGCGAAGCGGAAAGGUUCCUGGCGCGGGAGGAGGAGGAGGAGGAGGAGGAGGGGGCGGGG